AUGCACGUAAUAGAGAAGCCAGCUUACAUGCAGGAAAGAGCAGGGGCCCGCUGGAGGAACAAGCCACCAUGCUACAAGUGUGAAGGUAGUGCUGCAGACAUUGUGGGAAUGCUGUCAUGUAAUUUACUCAAAGACAUGUUUCUGAGAAUUAUUGUGCUGGCUCUUUCAGUAGAGGGUGAAGAUUUGUUUUGCAAAUUAUGGGGAAAUCCUGAUAUUCCUCUUCUUUCAAAGACUGGUGAGUUCAUGCUGGGUGGAAUUUUCACACUUCAUAAUAAUAUUAUAGCAUCCAAACCUACACUUCAGUCAAAACCUGAAGCAUUUACCUGUAUAGGUUUAAAUUAUAGAGGAUAUCAGUUUGCUGAAGCAAUGAUCUUUGCAAUUGAAGAAAUAAACAACAGAACAGAUAUUUUGCCUAAUGUGUCACUAGGAUAUAAGAUAUAUGAUGCUUGUGGUACUAUUUCUUUGGCAAUCAAAGCUGCAAUGGCACUAAUAAGUGGAGCUGGAGAAGCACAAUCAUCAACGCUGUCAUGUUCUCAACAGUCUAGCAUUCAUGCAAUCAUAGGGGAGUCUGCAUCUUCCCCAACUAUUGGUAUUGCUACGCUUGUUGGCCAAUUUAACAUUCCAGUGAUCAGUCAUUUUGCUACUUGUGCUUGUCUCAGCAACAGGAAAGAGUUUCCCAGUUUUUUCAGAACAAUACCAAGUGAUUAUUAUCAAAGCAGAGCACUGGCACAACUUGUCAAACACUUUAGAUGGACCUGGGUGGGGACGAUAAGAAGUGACAAUGACUAUGGCAAUUCUGGCAUGGCCACUUUUAUAGAAGUAGCCCAGAAGGAAGGAAUUUGCAUUGAAUAUUCUGAAGUUAUUUACAGAACCAAUCCAAGAGAAACAUUUCUUAAAACAGUUGAAGUAAUUAAAAUGGCUUCUUCAAAGAUCAUUGUAGCUUUUGCAUCUUUCAUAGACAUGGAAUUUUUAAUGAAGGAACUGCUUCUUCAAAACAUAACGGGUUUACAGUGGGUAGGCAGUGAGUCCUGGGUGUCUGCCAAAAAUGUAGCAACUAAAGAAAACUACAGAAUUUGUAAAGGAGCAAUUGGUUUUUCAAAUGCUAAUGCAGCAAUGCCAGGACUAAAAGAAUUUUUACUCUCAGCUCAUCCAUCUAGCACUCCAGGCAAUACAGGUUUGAUUCAAUUUUGGGAAAAUAUAUUUGAUUGCAGUUUCAAUAAUACAACGUCUAAAAUCUGCACAGGAUCAGAGAAUCUACAGCAAGUAAAUAAUCUGUACACUGAUGUUUCUGAACUAAGAAUUACAUAUAAUGUGUACAAAGCUGUAUAUGCUGUAGCAUAUGCGCUCCACGACCUUCUAGCUUGCCAGGAUAAUCAAGGACCCUGCACGGCGAACCAAAAAGAUGCACUGCCACUGCAGGCAUUGCAAUACCUGCAGAAGGUUAAUUUUAGUGCAAACAAUGGUGAAUAUGUAAAUUUUGACAUUAACGGAGAUCCUCCUGCAAGAUAUGAAUUGGUGAAUUGGCAGCUUAGCAUAAAUGGAAUCAUAGAGUUUGUGACAAUUGGAUUUUAUGAUGCAUCUUUACCAGAAGGAAAGCAAUUCAUUAUGAAGAACAAGAGCAUUGUGUGGGCCAAUAAUGACAACAAGAUUCCAAAAUCGGUAUGCAGUGAAAGCUGUCAUCCUGGUACACGUAAAGCUACGCAAAGAGGGAAACCAAUCUGUUGUUUUGAUUGCCUUCCAUGUGCAGAAGGAGAAAUUAGCAAUAACACAGAUGCAGUUCACUGUAUGAAGUGUCCUUUGGAAUACCGGGCCAAUGAAGAGAAAGACCAGUGCAUUUUGAAGGACAUUGAAUUUUUGUCUUAUGAUGAAAUAAUGGGGAUGAUAUUAAUUAUAUUUGCUUUGUUAGGAGCUUCUCUAACUUCUGUGGUUACUGUUGUAUUUUUCAAGUUCAAAGAUACUCCAAUUGUGAAAGCUAAUAAUUCAGAACUAAGCUUUCUUCUUCUUUUUUCAUUGACACUGUGUUUUCUGUGCUCACUUACAUUUAUUGGGGAGCCCACUCAGUGGUCCUGCAUGUUACGACACACAGCUUUUGGGAUCACAUUUGUUCUUUGCAUCUCGUGUGUUCUGGGGAAAACAAUAGUUGUGCUUAUGGCUUUUAGAGCAACAGUGCCUGGUAGCAAAAUAAUGAAAUGCUUUGGACCAACUCAGCAGCGGUUAAGCGUUUUAUCUCUUACACUUUUACAGACCUUGACAUGUAUCAUUUGGUUAGUAAAAUAUCCUCCAUUACCUCAUAAAAACAUGAACUCUAAUAAAGAAGUAAUCAUUUUAGAAUGUGAAAUGGGAUCCGCGAUAGCUUUUUAUCUAGUGUUAGGAUAUAUUGGGGUGUUAGCAGUCAUGUGUUUUGUUCUAGCUUUUCUUGCGCGAAAAUUACCAGAUAACUUUAAUGAGGCAAAAUUCAUCACAUUCAGCAUGCUGGUAUUCUGUGCUGUUUGGAUCACUUUUAUUCCAUCUUACAUAAGCUCUCCUGGAAAGUAUACAGUUGCUGUUGAGGUAUUUGCUAUUCUGGCAUCAAGCUUUGGCUUACUUCUCUGUAUUUUUGUUCCAAAAUGUUAUAUCGUUCUGCUGAAACCAGAUAGAAAUUCAAAAAAGCAUGUAAUUGGUAAAAUGCAGUCAAAAUCGCUUUGACAUCUACAUUUGAAAAACCAUGAUAUAGAAGACACAAUCAGUGAUCAUUUUUUAAAGCACUGAUUACACAGCAAGCCAAAAUGAAAUUGAGAAAAAUCUGAAGCUGUAC